UUUUCAGAAAUGGAUAAUUCAUUUUCACAACGGAAGAGACAAAUGAUUACAAAAUCUGGAAUUGGUUUUCUUCUACAGCAUAUGAGAGGAUCAACUCAUGAAACAAAUUCAACUGAUGAUGAAAGCGAAGGAGAACCUAGCAGUCCAAAACGAGAUAAGAUAGAUCAAGAAUUAAAUAUAGAUCUAAUAAAGAACGAGGAUAUUUUACAAGAAAAUGCUGAAAAUCAAGUUGUCAUCCCCAAAUUAUCCAAAAUAUCUGAAGAUCUUUCACUACCGUCAGACGAAAAUUUUUAUUCUAAUUUGAAGCCUUUUCAAGAAAUUUCUGAUUGCUUCAAGGAAGGAACAACGCCUAAUUUUGAUGCUCAUAUUCGUCGUUUUAUUGGUGAAAAUAAUUAUGUACGGAGUUGCAAAUGGUAUUUUUUGAAUCUUCAUGCGUCUCAUAAACUAGCAUUUGGCGGGUUGAUUUAUGACUUGAACUGGCAUCCAGCACUAAAUAUUUUUGCUACUACAAAUAAGGGUUCUCCUAUUCAUUGUUGGAGUGCUUCAGUUGAUGGAACAAGGUUAUUCUCUUCAUUUCGAGGGAUUAAUGACAAGGAUGAAUUAGAAUCUGCUCAUUCUCUCUGUUUUUCUGUUGAUGGUCAACACCUUUUUGCUGGUUUCAAAAAUUGUGUGCGCAUUUUUAACUUUGAAAAACCUGGACGACAAAUUAAUGAAAUUAAAACAUAUCCAAUGUGCCCAACUUUUGAUGGCGUUUUUGCAGUUGCUUCUUAUUCCGGAACUUGUAAUUUUUACAAUUUUUUGGUGACUUCUUUUCUCUCUUUAGUAGGGCUUUAUUCUACACAAACAAAUGCUUGCGAUUCACUUAUUGGAUCUAAUGAUGGAUCGACACCAAUGACUCAUUUGCAAUAUUCAUCCUGUGGAAAUUUAUUAUUUGCUGGACGUAGAAAGAGUCCUUUUAUUCAAUGUUACGAUGUUCGCUUACCAACUAAGUUACUUUACAAUUUUCAACGUGAAUCAAUAACAAACCAGCGCAUUUAUUUUCAAUUAGAUUUUAAUGAUCAUUACCUUUACAGUGGAAGUAGUGCUGGCGAUUUGCUUAUUUAUGAUUUAAAAAAGUGUAAUAAAGGAUUAAACCAGCAAGAGCUUAAAACGGAAUUUGUGGAGCCUGCUCAUAAAAUUAAAUGUUCCGAGGCGGCUGUCACAGGAUUAAGGUUCGAAACAAUUAUUUCUUUUAUUAUUUUAUCAUUUUAUUUAUUCAAUGUUAAAAUAUUUUUGUGA